GACUUUUUCCUAAUGCCAAGAAUACCCACACUGUUGUGCCGCUUUUCCGUUCAUUAUAAAUCGUAUCUAAAGUAAAGUGCACGCUUUAUGCAAUAAAUGCCUGAGGAGGCAAAUACGUCAUUUGGCCUCCGAUAAGAAUUCCCGGUGGAUACGGUGCAAGGCCGCAAAAAGAUGCAUCCCAUCCCCACCGGCCCCGAAGAGGGCCGGAGGCCGCCUCUUCACUGCUAUUUAUUGCCGCCAUUCCCUGCCGCCUCCGCCCACGCCGUGAAGAAAGCUUCGUGAUCCGUCUCAAGCAAAGGAAGGUGGCGAAAUGGCCGGACGACCCGCGACGGGUGGGUUUGCGGGCGGUGAUGCGAUGAUCAAAGUGGACAAGGACAGCGAUGAAUUCGUCAUCAUACAGCACCGGUUCUACACGAACAUGGGUUCCACCGUGCCCCACUGUCCCUUGGUGGAGCUCCACCGUAUUCUGUACUCCACGCCCACCGGAAGAGCACGACUGGAAGCCUUCAACCGUCAGGUGGACGCCAUGAAACAGAAGCAUGGCGGAAACCCUAACGAGAGGUUCGCAUUCUAUGAGGCUUCCAAGAGGAACGUGCAACGGAUCAUCAACGACGGGUUUGAUGUGUCUGCGGCGCCCGAGGAUGGUGGCUACUUCGGCAUCGCCCUGUACCUCUCCCCUGAGCCAUGUGCCAUCAACAGCGUGAUGUCUGCAACUGUUGAUGAGAAAGGACUGAGGCAUGUGCUGCUUUGUCGGGUGAUCUUGGGCGGGGCAGAAGAAGUCGUGCGUGGCUCCGGACAAUCUCGGCCCAGCUCCGGGAACUUCGACUCUGCCGUGGACAACCACAGAUCUCCCACCAGAUACAUCAUAUGGUACCCUGAUGUCCAGUCCCGUGUGCUGCCUUUGUACGUCCUCAGCGUGGAAGUGGACUUCCGUAACAGAGUUCUUCAUCAAGCGCUUGUAAGCAGACCUACUUCACCAUGGAUGUCCAUCGGAGACCUGCUAUCCGCGCUGUCGGCGAGACUGCCUCACUCGACGAUGUGCCAACUGUGGAGGUUGCACAACGAUAAGAUGGAGAAGAAGAUUACCAGGGAACAAAUGGUAUGCAGCAUCAGGGAGAUCACGGGAGACCAGAUGCUACUUGAUGCGAUGAGAACCAUUUUGGGAAGGUUUGGCUGCUUUCUGUGUCGGCUCUUCUUGUCUUCUCAAACCAUGCACUAAUUUGAAGCCUCGCUGAUGGUUUGCUCUCUUCUUCUUCUUCUUCUUCAGAAAGCAAUAGCUGCCUUUCUUGCCUCACGGAAUGAUGAGAAAGACAUUGCACUUGAGCA